UAACCGUUACUCUUCUCACACCAUAACCAACCCAACACAAAACAAACACACACUGAUAGAGAAAAAGAGAAAGCGAAAAUUAAAGAGAAAGUGAAAUGAAGAGACAAAGCAGCGCCGUGACGCCGUCGUCGUCACGGCGAGAGAACACGCCGGAGAAUUUCCACGGCAAGACAAUCGGCUGCAUGUCCGGCAUUCUCCACCUCAUCUCCAGCUCCCACUCCCGCCGCACUCGCCGCUUCCUCACCUUCGGUAAGAGGCAGAAUAAGAAUCACGGUGUUUCCGCUUCCCCUUCCACCGCCAAUUCGCCACCGGAAAAAGUAAAAGAGGAGAUAACCACCACCGCCACCGCCGCCGCGUGCAAUGCGAAACUGUCGUCUGAGGUACCACGUAGCCCGACGCUACCGGCGGAGAUUCGUCUCUCGAGUCCGGCGAAGGCGACUGAGAGCCUUACGGAGGCGCCGGCGCUAGUGGCGAGGCUGAUGGGGCUGGAGGCGGUUCCGGCGUCUCCCGAUUCGGUGGCGGAGAAGAGGCGGAAGCUUUUGGGCGCGCUGCAGAGGUGCGACGAUGAUCUCAAGGCGCUGAAGAAGAUCAUCGAGGCUGUGCGGUCUUCUGAUCCGCCUUCGCCGGCGGCUGUUUCGCGAAGCGACGGUGGCUUCGGGGAUAAAGUGAGAACGGUUACGGAGGUGAAGUUGGUUACCGGCGAGCAACAGCAACCGAGUCCGGUGUCAGUGCUUGACGAGUUCACUCGUUCGCCACUCAGUCCUAACUGCCACUCCGGGCGGCAUUCCUUCGGUCAGUUCGCGCGAAUACAGCAACAACAGAAGCAGCAGCAGUUAGUGAAGAAGCCAGGAGAGGAAGAAAUCAUUAGCACAUACAUCUACGAGAGACUGACAAGCGAGUUGAUAAGCAAGAAAGCCAACAUUGAUGAAGAUCGUUCAGUAAUGUGGAGCAACAAAGGCAUGAUAAAAAGUGUAGAGGAAGUGUGCAGGGAUGUUGCUUGGGGAGAAAAGAGAGAGGUUGGAAGAAUAGGGUUGGCUUUGCAGGAUUAUAUCUACAGGGAUUUGAUUGAAGAGAUUGUUAGAGAUUUAGGAUGCUUGUACACCUUGCCCACCUUGCCAUUUGAGGCAUGUAAGAGAAGACUCUGCUUCUAAACUAUAUUCAUGGUCAAAAUUAUUCUGUUUUCUUUUUUUUCUUCCCUGAAUCUGUUAUAUAUCUCUAUUAAACU